ACUGAUACGCAUUCCCGAUAAUCCCAUCUCUUCGUCUGCGCGCAGUGCAUUUGAUUCCGGCGAGUGACUAAACCGCAGCCUCGAGAGUGCUUCCAUCUCAAAUGCGACAUGUCAUCCGAGCUAGGCGACUUUAUGUACGAAGCAGUCACACGUAGUGAUGUCGAAAACGUCAAAGCUCUUCUUCGGGAAGGCAUUCGUGUCAACACGCUCGUCCAGUCCGGCUACACGUUGCUGGGCCAAGCCGUACAGAUUGGCAACCUAGAAGUGUUGAAGGUCUUGCUGCACGCUGAGGAUUUUUUCCCGGCCGACGACAGCGAGUACUCGGCUGGGCCUGAGGAUCCUUACUCUUUGGACGACACCCUUGACGCGUUCCUUCGUCCCAAUGAUGCAGCUUGGAACCGCAGCAACGACGAGGACGUUUCCCCCCGAAAGACGGGCCUCCAGGAGGACCCCCUGCCGUGCAUCUACCUGCCACGCGACGCCUCGUCCCACCACCGGGACAACCCGCACCAGAGGGGGCUGGGGCUGUUCCAGUCCCUGUGGCGCCUCGCCCCGCUGCGUCGCAAGACGGACGUCAACCUGCCGGACUUCUACGACCGGAUGCCCAUCCACUACGCGGCCCAGCAAGGCAGGCCGGAGGUGCUCGACCUCCUCAUCAAGGCCGGCUGCAAGAUCAACGUCUCGGACAGCGACAAUGUGACCCCCCUCCAGCUGGCCGUCACGGGGGGUCACGAAGAGGUCACUCACAUGCUGCUCAAGGCUGGAAGCAGGGUCAACUCGAAAAACAGCGACCGGUCCUCAACGCUCCACAUUGCGGCGAGUCAGGGCCACGCCUCGAUUGUGGAGCGUCUGCUUCAGUACGGAGCGGCGGUGGACACGUUGGACUCCCUGGGACGGACUCCGCUCCUCAUUGCCGUCAUAGGAGGUCACCACGAUGUUGCCAAGGUGCUCAUCAACUACCAGGCCAACGUCAACAUGGAGGGACUCUACGGACGCAGCCCCCUGUGGGUGGCGGUGGCCAAGGUGGACGUGGUGAUGGCGCAGCUGCUGCUGGACGCGGGGGCCAAGGUGCUGCAGGGCAAGCGUUUCCUGCACGAUGCGGUGAGCUCGGCCGUGCCGGAGCUGCUGCAGCUCCUGCUCCGCCGGGGCGUGUCGGUGAACACCCGGGACGUCCACGGCAACUCGCCCCUGCACCUGGCCAUACGGAAGAAGAGCCCCAGCAUGCUGCGCGAGCUCGUCCAGUUCGGAGGGGACGUGAACAUCACCAACAGCCUCACGGGCCUAUCCCUGCUCCACGAAGCCGUGACGAACCUGGACGAAUCCAACUUCGACAUCUUCCGCUCUAUCCUGGAUAUCCUGCUGAGCGCCGGGUGCCGCAUGAACGCCGAGAGCGGCACCACGGGUGACACGCCCCUCUUUCGCUCUAUCAUUGCCAACAAGCUCCUCUUCGCCGAAGAGCUGAUCCGAGAGGGAUGCGACGUCAACUGCGGCAACGUCUACACGUGCGCCAUCGACAACCUGUGGCUGGCCAAGCGGCUCCGAGAGCUGAGGCUGGUGAAGAUGAUCGUCUAUGCGGGCUACGACCUCAACAGGUUUGCGGUGCCAGACGCCGAGGUGAACCAGAAUGUGCUGGGGGCACAGGAGACGGCCAUCAGGCACUGGCUGCGCACCGUCAAGACGAAUCCGCUCAGGCUAUCCGAACUCUGCCGCAUUACAAUCAGGAGACGGCUGGGUCAGAGUCUGGUGUCCAAGGUGUCCCGACUAGUUCUACCGGCCAGCAUGAAGGACUUCCUUCUUCUCGACGAUGUGCGUUGCGAACUGGCCGAGGCAUCCGUUCGUUUCGUGUUUUGGUAGGCGACGUAACAAUUGAGAGUUGUUUGAUCGUAGACGAACGAAAGGGCGGCGAAAUAUGUGCGCGAUUCACUGUCUUACGUGCCUCCCGAAAGCUCGGACAAACGUGCCUGGGGCCCUAAGCUGGACGGUGGGGCCGGGACAUUGCCGCCCGCCAAUGUAGAAAGCGUUGGCGCUGACCAAUCGCAAUGAGUGAUGAUGUUCCAGUCCCUUGGUUCCAUUGUCCAACUUAAGGCCCCUGGUGUGACUGGGUGGCUGUGCGUUGCAGUCGCCCGGCCACACUAGGGUGCAUUCUGUACAGACAUCUCAACUGUUUAAUUUAUUUAUCUUGUUCACAUUUGUUCCUUUGUUUCCUUGACCAUAAAACUAUAUCUAUCAAUUCUUGGUUCUUAUUGAUUAGUGUGAAAUUUAUUCUGAAGCUCUGAGGUCGGCGCAGGUGGGAAGCUUGCAAGCAUCUACAAGCUCAAUACAGUGCAGAGCAUUGCUUCUGACUGUGUCCGCAAAAAUAAUUCUGGCUGUACAGGUCGGUCAUCUAGUGUAGUUUGCUGUCAGGAAUGUGACACAUGUCGCAAAUGGUACAUCAGAAGUGCUAUUCAACUGAUGUGCACAAGACUCUCAAGCCAUAGCAAAGCUGCAAGCUAAGCUGGAAUGUAAUUUUGAAGUGCUUGUGUUGUACACGGCAUAACAAUGUAAGGGUAGAUAAGCCAUAGAAUAUUUUCUCAGCAUUGAAGGACUGUCAUCAGAACUACUAUAGUGAUAGAGAUUGCUCAGUUGCGGUACUAACCUCAGUGGUAAAUGUUAAUGCCCACCAGUCCCUUUCAAUACAACAUGUAAAAAAGUGACAAAGUUGUGUUUGAACUAACAACGUUGUGCAGUGCACAUAUUGCAUACCAACUUCAACAAUCCUCACAAGAAAAACACAAAUUUUACCUUAUUUGUAAGUUUUAUGUCCCAGAGCCCUUUGGAAUGAAUGCAUACUGUGAAAAAUAGAGAUGGUAACAUCAAAAGCCUCUCGUCAUAAGAACCUACCGUAGUGUGCUCAUAUCCUGGUUUUUGAAUUUUUCCACAAAUACCCCUAUCAAUUCCUUGUACUUUCUUCUAUCUUGCUCAAUUUUUAUUCUUACUGCUUUUUUUUUUAAUGCAAAACGUGUUUUAGGGCUGUUAUUGAAGUCUAGAGCCUUGUUAAAAAUGAAUGACAGUUUUCACUAACACGACCAAGUCUCCCCUGGCACCUGACAGGCGAGACCCGGAAAACUAAAAUCACAUCGUCACUUGCCAGGAAUCGAGCCCAGGGCCUCUCGCUCCAUAGUCCAAUGGCCUUACCCUGCACCAGUAGGGCAGCUUGGAUGCAUGUCGUUAUAACAGCCACAUACUCGCGGUGCCCUGAUACUUAGCAUAAAGCCAACUGGUGCAGAAUGCGCCACGUGUCCAUCUCGGAUGCUGUAUUUCCCUAUCACACUCCAAACAAUUCAUAGGCUUAACUCCACUCUUUACUGUCCCAUUCCUGGCUGUUACCUCUGCACAAGUUCCACCCAUUCACUCUCUCUUGCACACCGCUGCCACCCUGGCUCUUCCCUUUCCCCCACUCUCCAUUUCCCUAGCCAAACUGUCCCCGGAGUGUUCUCAACUGUCCUUUGUGCCCUCCUAUCCCUUGACUCUCACACAGCAUCCAUAACAACUUAACCCAAAAGCCAAAUAGGCAAAACAGAUUGAAAUAGGUUCACACAAACCCACAAUGAAUUUUGUGUCAGUAGGCUUUAUGUGAAGUAUCGAGGUAAGUGAAAUUAUUUUGUUCAUGAUCAGCCUCGAGUUUAUUUACCAAUGAGCCCGCUGAUCUUCCUUUGCUCUGGUGUCCCAUCUGUGCCCUCCAUAAGUCGAGAGUUAGCACAAUCUAGCCGUGUCAUUUAGAGGGUGUUGCAUCGACCUCCCCUUAUUCCCCUCACUCAUACUCUAAUUGCCUCUUAUAUUCCCGGUACAAAUUACACAAAUUACGAUCCAGUGCACAAAAGAGGAACUUUUAGCAGAAUGUUGGCUGCAUUUCAAAGGGCGGUUGACACACUUGCGACUACCUACGACCGGAGAGGCUAAAAGCCUUUUUCUAAGCCUUUGUGACUGCUUACGACCACUGCAAAAAUCUUAAGCAGUCACAAAAAGAAAAAAGAAACCGCUUUUUAGUUUUUUUGGCCUUAAGCAGUCGUAAGUGUGUGAUUUUUGUUUAAGUUUUUUUUUAAUACUCCGUUUCACAUUAAGCUUGAUCGCAGCCAAGGCUACUAUCCGGUUGAGCCACUCAAGCAGUGCCAAAAGUGUAUCGUGGCGUUCGUCGUCUGCGCGUUUCGCAUCGGCGGCUAAACCAGUUGCGCAUUGUAAAUGUGUCGUGAUCCUGCAUUGUUUUGCCGUACAUGAUUGGUAUAGUCAGUGAUGGCAAACGUGCAAAGCCGUGGAGUGCCGUGACGAUGCACUUUUGGUGCAGCUUGACUAGCUUCAUCAGAUCGUAUAUUGUUGGUUAUGGUCGGACUUUCCAAUGGAGAGUUUUAGGGAACCGGUUUUGCACAUUCGAUACGGUGCGAUGGGCCCUCCGAUACGAACUGCGCAUGCUGUACCGCGUAAGGCUUGCGCAUGCGCAGUUCGGUUUCCUAAAACUCGCUCUUGGGAAACGGAGUAUACCAAGGCAUGUUUUCUUGACUCAGUAUGCGUUUGCAAGCAAUCUUUAUUGUCCCGUUUCUGACUUCACAAACAGGAUUGAAACUGGUAAUUCGGUUUAGUUAUGCACUGGGCAUGCAAUGCAGCUACCACCUGGCAGCUGCGACGAGUGCAGAGCGAGCCCGAUGGUCUCCAUUACUUUAAGUCAUCAUCCUCUUCAUUGCAUAAUAUGCAUUAUGUGCAGCCCGGCACUUCCUUGUAUGAGAUCAAAACCCCACUUCUCUGUAGGUUUUCUACUUUUGAAUAAAAACCUAAUUGGGUGGAUUA